GGCGAGGGUGUUGUUUUGAUGAAUAAGAGACUUUGUGUCAGGGGCAGGCCUCUCUUCACAGGCUGAAGGGACGAGAGUUGUCCUCUACCCCGCCCUCACACAUCCUCCUCCGUCUUCACUCAAAGAGUCUGUGACAAACUAUGCAUCUUUGCUGAAAAGAAUCGUGUUUUUCUUUUAACAAAAACGUGAAAAAUAUACUUAAAGAAUGGAAGAACUUAGUGCUGAUGAGAUUCGCAGAAGGCGUCUGGCACGGCUAGCUGGUGGGCCAACUUCACAACCCACCACCCCGCUAACAUCCCCACAGCGAGAAAACCCUCCAGGGGUGUCUGCAGCCACGCCAGGGAUAUCUCAAAAUAUGGGCCUGAAUGUACACAAUGUGACUCCAGCAACAUCACCCAUUGGAGCAACAGGUGUUGCACAUAGAAGCCAGAGCAGUGAAGGGGUGAGCUCGCUCAGCAGUUCCCCAUCGAAUAGCCUCGAAAACCAGUCUCAGAGUCUUUCCCGAUCUCAGAGUAUGGAUAUUGACAGUGUGUCCUGUGAGAAAAGCAUGUCCCAAGUGGAUGUGGACUCCGGAAUUGAAAAUAUGGAAGUUGAUGAGGGUGAUCGUAGAGAAAAGAGAAGCCUGACUGAUAAGGAACCGUCUUUAGCACCAGACGUAUCAGAAGAGCAAGCACUUUCACUUAUCUGUAAGAUUUUCCGAGUCUCCUGGAAGGAACAUGACAGGGAUGUGAUCUUCUUGCCUGGCCUGGCUGCAGAGUUUAAACAGAGUCCAAAAGAAGUUUUUUCAGACUGGAAGGACUUAAUUGGCCAGAUUCUGAUGGAGGUUAUGAUGCUGUCCACUCAGAUGCCAGAAGACAACCCAUUUGCCAGUUUGACUGCCACAUCUCAGCCUAUUGCAGCUGCUGCAAGAUCACCUGACAGGAGCUUACCACUUAACCCUUUGUCAAGUCAAGGAACAAGUCCUAUGUUUUGUAGUCCUGGUUCAUUUGGUGCCAGUUCUUUAUCAAGUCUAUAUGGAACCAGCCCAAGUUUUCGAUUCCUUUCAGCCAGCCAACACUCCACGACUACUGGCAGUGCCACCCAGCAGCCUAACUUUGCUAGUCAUGUUUCAUUGACUCCCAGUUCUCCAUAUCAACGCACCUUCGCUACUUGUCCAUCCUCGACUCAAGCCUGCUCUUUGGGACAACCAUCUUCCACAGUGAGCUGCCCUCCCCCAUUCUCUACUUCUCCCAGGCUAAGAACUGUUGGUACCAAUAUACUGCCAGUCGCCUCUGUGUCUUCUAGCCCACAAACUGUGCCUAGUAGUCCUUCAGUCCAAAUGAGUUCUCCAAGACAAAGAUCUUCCAUAAUGGGUCCACCAUUAUUUCCAGUAACUUCUACAGUUUCUCGCUCCUCUCCAUUGAACCAGCUACCUUCUAGUAUAUACACCAAUCCCUUUUCUCUCCUCCUCUACGCCCUUUCUGAUUUACCGGAGGACAGCAGUGAUGAUGAUGCUGAUGAUGAGGAAGACGAUGUUGAUUUAUCUAGUGUGCAGUUUGGUUCCAGUGUGGGUACAGCUGGAACUUGUUCAGAGUCUGGCAGUGACCGUUUCACAAUUGAAGCGUGUAAGGAGACGGAAAUGUUGAACUACCUCAUCGAGUGCUUUGACAGAGUUGGAAUAGAAGAACGGAAAGCUCCAAAGAUGUGCAAUCAACCAUCUGUGAGUCAGCUGCUCAGCAAUAUCCGAUCCCAGUGUAUUUCCCAUACUGCUCUUGUGCUGCAGGGAGCCCUCACACAGCCAAGAUCCUUGUUACAGCAGUCAUUGCUAGUGCCCUAUAUGUUGUGCCGGAAUCUUCCUUAUGGAUUCAUUCAAGAGCUGGUUAGAAUGACUCAUCAGGACCAAGAGGUCUUCAAACAGAUCUUUAUUCCAAUUAUACAAGGGCUGGCAUCAGCAGUGAAAGAAUGCUCUUUGGAUGGUGAUAACUUCAAGUACCCACUUGCGGCACUGCAAGAAUUGUGUGAAAUUAAAUUUGGGAAAACUCAUCCUGUGUGUACUUUGGUGAUAUCAUUGCCAUUGUUUUUGCCUGAUCCUCUGAGUCAAGGCUCAGGCAGAGAGUUGCAAAGGCUUUCAUUCCUUGGGGCUUGCUUCAGCCUAUCUGUAUUUGCAGAGGAUGAUACAAGAGUUGUGGAGAAAUAUUUUUCUGGACCUACACUUACGCUUGAAAAUACCAGAGUUGUCAGUCAGUCCUUGCAACACCAUUUAGAAUCGGCCAGAACUGACCUUUUCAAAAUUCUGCACAACAUAUUACUCAAUGGUGAGACCAGAGAGAGUGCAUUGAAUUACAUGGCAGCAGUGGUAAAUCGCAAUAUGAAGAAAGCGCAGAUGCAAACAGAUGACCGAAUGGUAUCGACGGAUGGAUUCAUGCUGAAUUUUCUGUGGGUGCUCCAGCAACUGAGCACAAAGAUAAAAUUAGAGACUGUAGAUCCAAUGUAUAUUUUCCACCCAAAGUGUCGCAUCAAUAUUCUUGCAGAUGAGACUCGCGUGAAAGCGUCCAUGGAAGACAUUAAAAGCUGGCUUGCAGAGCUUUAUGAUCAGUCUAAGUUUGCUGAGCCGAAGUUCCCAACAGAAUGCUUUUUCCUGACGCUACAUGCACAUCAUCUUGCUAUCCUGCCGAGCUGCCGACGUUACAUACGAAGACUACGAGCUAUUCGAGAUCUCAACAGGACUGUUGAAGAACUAAAAAACAGUGAGAGCCAGUGGAAAGACUCUCCAUUGGCAAACAGACAUAGGGAGAUGUUGAAACGAUGUAAAACUCAAUUAAAGAAACUGGUGCGGAGUAAGGCUUGUGCUGACGCAGGUUUGUUAGAUGAGAAUCUGUUGAGGAGAUGCCUCCAGUUUUACGGCACAUUAAUUCAACUGAUCUUUCGCCUGAUUGAUUCACGCUACCCAGACAUGACACUGCCCCUUAAUCCAGAGAUCCCCAAGGUGUUUGCAGCAUUGCCGGAAUUCUAUUUGGAAGAUAUUGCUGAAUUUUUGCUGUUUAUUGUACAAUAUUCCCCUCAGGUUUUAUAUGAACCAUGUACUCAGGACGUCGUGACUUUCCUUGUCGUGUUUAUCUGUAGUCAAAACUAUAUCCGAAAUCCUUACCUAAUUGCCAAGCUCGUUGAAGUCAUGUUUGUGACCAACCCAGCAGUUCAGCCUCGAACACAGAAAUUCUAUGAAAUGAUGGAGAAUCACCCACUGGCCACAAAACAGCUUGUGCCUGCAUUGAUGAAAUUUUACACAGAUGUUGAACAUACUGGAGCAACAAGUGAAUUCUAUGACAAAUUCACUAUCCGCUACCACAUAAGUACAAUCUUUAAGAGCCUUUGGCAGAACGUAGCACAUCAAGGCACCUUUAUGGAAGAGUUUAAUUCUGGAAAGCAGUUUGUCCGUUACAUCAAUAUGUUAAUAAAUGAUACCACAUACCUGCUGGAUGAGAGCCUGGAUUCUCUGAAACGUAUCCAUGAGGUACAGGAAGAAAUGAAGAACAAAGAACGAUGGGACUCGUUACCUAGGGAUCAGCAGCAGAGUCGACAAUCUCAGCUGACCCAGGAUGAGCGCGUCUCCCGUUCAUACCUUGCUCUUGGUGCCGAAACCGUGGAUAUGUUCCAUUACCUCACAAAGCAAGUGCAAAAACCUUUCCUUCGACCUGAGCUUGGCCCACGCUUAGCUGCAAUGUUGAACUUCAACCUGCAACAGCUGUGUGGCCCAAAGUGUCGUGACCUGAAAGUAGAAAACCCAGAAAAAUAUGGUUUUGAACCGAAGAAGCUUUUGGAUCAGUUGACUGACAUUUAUCUGCAUUUAGACUGUCCCAGAUUCGCAAAAGCUAUUGCGGAUGAUCAGCGAUCGUACAGUAAAGAACUCUUCGAUGAAGUCAUUUCAAAAAUGAGGAAAGCGGGAAUUAAAUCAACGAUAGCAAUAGAAAAAUUUAGACUACUGGCAGAAAAGGUAGAAGAAAUUGUGACAAAGAAUGCCCGUGCCGAAAUUGACUAUGGGGAUGCACCAGAUGAGUUCAGAGAUCCACUGAUGGACACCCUGAUGAAUGAUCCAGUGAAGCUACCUUCAGGGACUAUAAUGGACCGCUCCAUUAUUUUAAGACAUUUACUGAAUUCUCCAACAGACCCGUUUAACCGCCAACAUCUGACAGAGAAUAUGCUGGAACCAGUGCCUGAACUGAAGGAAAGAAUCCAUGCCUGGAUGAAAGAGAAGCAACAUGCAAAUCGCUCUUCGCAGUGAAGUGUUAUUGAAGAUGGAUCGAAUGUGAAACGUUUGUAGUUCUGAGUGUAGACCACCAGUAUAUUGAGACCCAAGAGAAAAUCUGCUCCGCAUUCAGUCGAGACUGCUGCACUGAUAUUACAAAGGGUGAACUGAUCACAUUAGGAAAAUGUAUUGUCUCUGUAAAUAAAUUUAAUUUAAAGAACAAACAGUUUAAAGGAGAAAAACGUUCUAAGGUGUUGGGUACAAGUUGAAAUCUUUUCAGUACAGCAACGUGACCAGUCGAAGUGUAACAGUGGUGUACUUGGAUCUUGCAGUUAUUUGGAAGCUAGAAGGGUCUGAGCAACAAUGUUUUUUUAAACAACUGCAUUAACAGAAGAUGGUCUGUAUUUUAGGUUGAAAUUAUUACUGUAUCUUGUGCCCAGUCGCUGCUGAAGGGACUGUUCUGUUUGCUGCACUAAAUGUUCUUCAAAACCAAAGUGAUGCACAGGCCCCUUCCCUGAGAAAAAAAAACUGAUGUUUUAAUUAUGAGGCAUAAUCUGUUGGCUCACAGGACUAAAGGUGAGACUAUUGAAUUCUAUUUGUUUAUCAUUAAUUUAUAUUUUUUCUAGCCUACUCUUUCCCUCCUAUUCCACUUAAGCAUAGACUUGCAAACACUGUAGCUGAGAAACGGUAUAUCCUCCAUUUCUGCCAGCCAUGUUUUACGGCCGUUGCUUUGUCCACCGUGUGAGCUGCAGUAUUGGGAUAUUUUGUUGGCAAUAAGGUUUCCUCAAGAUACAACCUGAGAAGCAACCUCUGUACAGAGCCACUAGAUUUUUCUUCCUCUCCCCGGAGGAUUUUUAUUCUUGCAGCUCGCUAGAGGGUGCUCUUGUAUUCCAAGAGCUCUCCUGCCUUACACUGAAAUGUUCCAAAUCAUAUAGUUCAUGCCAAAAAAAAUCAAAUUACCAUAGAUGCUGGCAAUCGGGAAUAAAAGCAGAAACUGCUGCACGUCCUCAUCUGGUCAGGCAGUAUCUGUUUGUUAACGUGGAUGCUCUUGAGCAUCUGACACGUGAAUCACAACUAAAUCAAGUUUUCCUUUUGUGUCUACCCUAUUGUAUGUUAAUUUGAGCUUUUACUUCAUGUCGGUUGUCUACGUUUUCUGGAUUUUUUUAAAAUCUCUUUUGGAUUUUGUAUAAUUUGCUGCAGAGAGCUGGUUUAUUUCAACUGUCCUGGAUUGUAGCAAACUGAAGUAAUGUGAAAUUACUUUGCAUUUUGGAAUUCUUAUUUGCAAGUUAAAUAAAGUAUGGAAGAAAAAAAAAUCCUAAAUUUCAGUGAUUACCUGAUAAAUGAGUCUGUCCCAUUUUCACAGAAAUGCAAUGACUUCAGAAAUAUUGUCUCUGCUGUCUUUGUGCUUGUAUUUAAGAAUUGUUCUGUAUCAGUAAAAUGUUUUUUUUAUAUUUCAAACUGCUUUACUGUGAAAUAUUAAUACUACUGCAUGAAUCCAGUUGUUAUAGCAAAGCGGGAUUAGACUCCCUUUCCCUUCAGUAUGGCAAUAGCUGUGUAAUAGGAAAAGGGAAUCCUUUUGUUGCCAUCUUGCAUAUACUGGAUUUUGAAUUCAGUCCAAUACUAAAGCUGAACAUCUUUAGGUUGCUAGUUUUAUAUUGUGACUAGUGUUCAGCUGGAAUUUCAAUUGCAAACUGUUGUAACUACUGGGAUUACGAGCAUGAUCUCUGCUGAUUUUGAAAUUGUCUGGUUUAAUUUUUAAUCACAAGUGAAAAAUCAUUGCGAAAUUAAAUGUAAAAUUUGCAGUAAAUAAGUGUUAAAAUUGAAGUUUUCUAGCUGUAUGUAGAUUAUAAAUGCCUAAUUUUAGUAAUGAUCUCUAAACCCACACAGAUUUGAGAACUAAUGCAUUGUGCCCAGAUUAAUUAUCUAGGACAAUAUAUAAUUUAAUGAUCUGUACUAAACCUACAUUUUCCCAAAUAUUUCCUUUAGCUGGUCCCAUUAUGACCACGAUUUGUUUCAAAGUUAAAUUACUUUGUGCUACAAAGUACUUGACUAACAUGCUUGAAAAUGCACUUAAAGAUAAGUAUUUUAGUCACAAAAAGGAUCAUUAAUGACCUAUUCAAAGGAUCCGUAGGUCACUUUCAUUGCAAGUCUGGAAAACAAUUUCCUAAUAUUAGUUAAUGAAUAACGUUAAUACUCACCAAGUCCUGUGCAAGCUUUUUUUGGGACUCUGAGUACAUUAGUGCAUAUCACAUGGUUUGUCUCAAACACACGAAUACAUAACUAUAUUGUAUUGAAUGCUGGACAUUGACAGCUUACCAGUGUACAAUUAAUUAGGAUUUACAGAUUUUGCUGUUACUUUAAAAAAAUUAUACUGAAUCGUAUGUAUGUUCACCAAAUACUUGCAAUUCAUUGUAAUGGGAAAAAAAGCAGUAAACAUUUGAAAUGGAGGCCAGAAUAUCUGUAAAGGGGAGGAAAAAAAAUCAGGUUGGCAUUUGAAGUGUACAUCCAAAUUCGGUGCCCUAAAACUUGGAGCUGCCUUUUCUCUUAUUUGAUACUUUCCAGAUGUUUUCCUGGUUGUUUUUUAUUAUUUCAGAUACCUAUGUUCAACUUGUACUCCUGCAAUAUACUGAGCUAUUAAAACAUGCAAUUUUUUUUUAAAAAAAAGAGUAGCACUUGAACUCCCACUGCUUCAAAAAUUAGAAAACUUGUUUUGGCCAGGUGUGUAAAUUUGAUUUAACAUUUAAAAUAGGGAGCUAUUGUCAAAUACACAGUAGGUUAUUAUAUAUAGGUAUUCAGCUUGUAUUCAUGUGCAUCUCAUCCAUAUUUUAACACUUUUCAUUUCUUUCUUUUUGAAUUUAAUCUUUAGAGCCAACGUUCAUUGCCAUGGUCAGUUGUGUUGAUUUUAUUUAUGAAAACUUGAUCCUACAGAUCAUUUUAAGGCACCUCUAGAGUUAUAUGCAUUAUCCACUGGUAUUUGACAGAGUGCUGAGCACAUCAGUAAUGCGUGAGAGAAUGCCCAACGUAAUCCAAUUUAAACAUGUACAUCAAUCUCUCAAUUUGACCUGAACUUUAAAAAACAUUCUUGUUCCUUUUUAAAUAUAUACAUAAAUGUGACCUCUUCAGAACCUGAAUGGUAGAUGACCCUUUCUAACCCAGCAUCUAUCCUAAAGAUGAUAUUACAGCAGUUUCCAGUAGAAUUCACAUUUGACUCUUUCGUUCUUUCACUAAGUAACCUGACCAUUUGCUCCGUAACUCGGUUUUAGAUCCUUAAUUACUUUAACCACAUUGUGCUUUUUCUUGCAUCACAUAGAUCAUUCUGGGCUAGAAAGGGUUACAAUAUGAUACUGUCAAAUCUGCAGCAUAGGCCUAUUUGACGCUAAUGAUACUGUGAUGGUGUGAUAGUACUGAUAUAUUUUACCUCAGUAUUGUUGAAAUGGAAAUUCCAGCACUGUAGCAGGAAAAGGAGGAAAUUAAAAUGUACAUUCUUUAACUACAGCUUACUGCCAUUGUUCCAAGUACUUGAAUUUCUGAUUUUUAUUUGGAAAAGCUGGACAUUUUUGUUUUUUUUUUGGUUUUUCUAUGAAUACUGUUAUAAUAAUCAGGAGUGUUUUUAAUGAUAAGGAAGCACAGAAUGGUAAUUCUACAGACUGUUCUGAUUGCUCCCAACCUUUGAAUUCCAAUAAAUGGUGGUAAACAUCCUAAUACAAAAUGGUAUCCAUUGUCUUCUACUGUAAGGUGGGUUAAGUUUCUCCAUUUUACAUCAAACUAAACACAUACGCAUUCUGAACAGAGUUCCAAAUGGUCUGCUGGCUUUGCUCAGCUGACGAGCACCGUUUGCACGUGCUGCUAUUUUCACUUGAGGGGCACCAGUAGACGUCUCACGCAAGUCGUCAGUUUAAUCUAGGUUAUGUUUUAAUCUUGCUCACCUGCCUCCAUAUUUGCAGACUUAAUCAGAGUCCCAGCUACCAAAGGUACAGUAUGUACUAGAGUUCCUUGCAAACAAUUUAUUCUGCCAUUUGUUGUAUUUCACAUUGAUUUGUUCUGUGUACUUGUCAGAGCAAAUGGCAGAAAAUGAAUUUGUUUCUAGCAUUCUGAAGUUAUCCUGCAAUGCCACCUCCUUAAGUAAUAAAGUGAUAACCAUUAAUUGAAAUUAUAUUCAGUAUUAGUAUGAUGAAUAAGGUUUGAUCAAAUGCACACAGAAGUGUCUAGUGCCCAUUGGAUUUUGACUUACUCUGCUUCAAGGGAAAAAUCAAAUUGCUGGUUAGGUUAACAUUGGGCUCAAGAUUACAGGUGCCAACUCAAACCAGUUUGAACUAGGUUCCUGGAAGCUACUUAAAUGCAAGAUGAUUGCAGUAAAUAUUCCUCAAUUUAUUGCAUAAAUUAUCACAAUUCCAACAAUCUCCAAAGAGCAAAGUAGAAGUUGUUACCAUUAAUUGUCUUUCUACAACCAACUUGACCUCUUAAAAACAUUCAUUUUAUCAAUGGAUGCUUCAAGAAUCUUUAUAGAAUGCUCCUGCUAACACUCAUUACAGACAUUUACUUGGCAUUCACUUGAUUGUGUAAUGAAUGCCUUAUACUAGACAUCUGCAAAGAAUUGAUUUGGGCAUAACAUUGGGGUAAUCACACACCACAGAUAACACUCUUGUCCCCUGUGUUAGUAAGUUCCAAGGUGAAAUCCUGUUAUCAAAAAUGAGUGUGGAGAUUUUAGGCUGCUAAAUAAAGUGCCAUUUAUUCCCAAGUCCUGCCUACCCUCUGGAUAAUGCAAAUGAUCCCAUGGAAAAAUGGUAUCUAAGCUGAUACUUAUUCAAAGCACAUGUCACCAUCUACAACCCUAAGAUUCAUUUUCUUGAGGUGAUCUCAGUACCGUGGUUAACGUCAUUACAGAUAAUCUAAUCAUGAUCAUGUCGCUGAUUAUGUUAAUUAUUUCGGGAGCACUUAUGACAUUUUAAAGCAGAUUAUCUUUAAAGAAGUAGAAACACAAAAUGGUAUUGCAUUUAAGGAAAAAAUACAAGAUCAAGAUGUGAAUCUCAGUGCCACAAAGGUUCUAUCAUCUUGAGCAUGAGAUAUUAAAUAAGAUCUAUAAGUCACAUUUGAAGGCUCUUAAUAGUCAAAGAUAAUCACAAUCUUCACAAUGGUGAGGAAGCUAUUAAUGUUCACUAACUUAACCCUUUGAAAUUGACAGCAACUUUGGAAUUUCAAUGCAAGUGAACACUACUGCAUGAGCCUCGGGUGUAUCAGUGAUACAUCCACGGCACAGAUUCACUGUUUAUGCCCUUCAAUGAUAUCAUGGGAAAUUGGUUAAGUUUACAUGAAUUUAAGUUGUUUCUGAAGUAGCACAAUUGGAAAAAGUGUUUGAAAAUCUUGUUUAUUGCAUGAGAUCUAUGUGAGUUUUCAGUGGGGUUCUAAGCCAUGAUUCCUGGUUUGGAAACAUUCCAAAAUGAAAUAUUUUAUUGUAUAUUGAUUGUAUUUCCUGCAAAAACUCCAAUAACAUGGAUUUUAAAAU